UGUUGGACAUAAAGGAUAAUAUGGACAUGAAUUUUUAGAAUUUGAAAUCAGAAAAGAUGGAAGACUUAGAUAUGCAAAUAAUUCAAAUUACAGAAGUGAUAAAUUAAUAAGAAAAGAAGUUUUUAUUAAUGAUAUUGUAAUAAAAUAAAUCAAAAAAAUAAUUGAUGAAAGUUAAAUAUUAAAAGAAGAUGAUAAAGAUUGGCCUCGUCCAGAUAAGAUUGGAAGAUAAGAAUUAGAAAUUAAGUUAGGAAAAGUCCAUAUAAGCUUUUCAGUAAUUUAAAUAAUAAUUUAUUUUUAUUCUAAUAAUAUUAUAAUAGACAUCUAAAAUAGGAUCAUUAAUAGAUAUUAAAGAAACUAAAGAUGCAGAUGGUUUGAGUGUAUUUUUUUAUUUAGUUUAGGUAAAUAGUAUACUCUUGUAUUUAAUUUUAUUAUUUUUUUAUUAAAAAAGGAUUUAAAAUAAUUGGUUUUUUCGCUUGUAAGUUUACAUUUUAGAAAAAAAAAAAAUGUAGUAGUCAUUUGGAAAAGGCAAUAUAUAAAACAUAUAACAUUUAGCAAAAGCAGCAUAAAAAGUGCCUGCAAAACUUACUCCAAGUGAAUUAGUACAAAAAUUAUUAAGCGGAAACAUAUUGGAAGAUUUUUACAAGAAGCCUUAAAUAAAGAAAUUUUUGAAUCUAGCAGAUUAUUCGAUUUAUACAAAUACCGAUAUUCCAAUAGACGAGCCAUUAUUUGAGCCGAUUCCUCAUUUAAUCUAAUUCACUGAUUAUGAGCCUUUGUAAUUAAAAGAAAAGAUAUUUCGUUUAAGAAACAAAGAUAAAGUAGCCCGAAGAGUUAAAAUAUUAUAACCGGAUUCUCGUUUAUUUUAGGUAAUUCCAGUCACCUAGAAUACAUCUUCUUAAUAUUCUAAAAAUAAAGCCCAAUAACAAUAUGAUCAAUAAACAUACGUUGGAAAUAAAAUAGCUCCAGGGAUGGAAGCUUGUUUCGUAAUAAAAUUUUCUCCAGAAGCAAAAAUAGAUUAUUAAUAUGAAUUAGUUGUAGUUACUGAAAGAGAAUAAUUCAUUGUUCCUAUAUAUGCUAUUGGGAAAAGGGCUAUGAUUGAUUUUCCAGAUGAACUGGAUUUCGGAAAUUGCCCAGUUAAAUAUAUAACUGAAAAACCAAUAAUAAUAAGAAAUUUGGGCGAAAAAACUACUAAAUGGUUUUUGAAUUUACCUUAAGAUUUCCAAGCUGAUAAAAAAGAAGGAGUUUUGGAAUAUGGAAAAAAUGAACAAAUAGUUAUGAAAUUCUUUCCUAAAGAAACCAAACCUUAUAAAAGUGAAGCAGUUUUAAAAUACGAUAAUUUAUAAGCUUUUAUUCCUAUUUAUGGAGUUGCGUAAAAUCAUCUUGUUUAUUUAUCUAAAAACUUAGUUGAAAUGGAUGAAUCUUAUAUAGGUUUAUUGUCUUAGGCAACUGUUUAAAUUAUUAAUAAAUCAGAAGUUAAAGUUGAUUUUGAAUGGAGAGCUUUUGUAACAGAAAAAGAAGAAUAAGAAAAAAAAAAUAGAUUAAAAGAAUAGCUCUAAUAAGAAGAAGCAGAAGAAAAAAUGCUUUUGAAAGAAAUUGUAAAUAAUGAAGUUAAUAAUGGAGAUUAUGAAGUUGAAAACAAUAUUAAUUCCGAAGAAGAAGAUGAUGAAGAAGAUAGAGAUGAGAAAGCUAUUAUUUAAAAAAGAUAAAAAAAAGCUGAAUUAACGUUAGCUCGAAAAUAUAGAGAUAUUAGAAAAGCUAUUGAAGAUGAUUUAUUAUUAUUUUAAGAUGAUAUUUUUUCAAUAGAGCCUAUUCAAGGAUAAAUUUGGGCUAAUUCAGAAAUGACUAUAACUUUAACUUUCAAGCCUAAAGGUUCCCACACGUAUAAGUGUCCUGCUUACUGUAAUAUUUCUUGUAUUUAAGAUAGAUUAUCAUUAUAAUUAUAAGGGGUUGGUAUAGGACCUUAAGCGAGUUUAAACUAAAAUGAAAUAAACUUAGGCGAUCCCUUUGUAAAUGAAGUAAUUAAUGUAGUUAUAAUGAUAGAAAAUGAAGGCGAAAUAGAAUGUAAAUAUGAGUUAUUACCAAAUGAACGUCAUUUCGGUAAAAUGUUUAAGUUUAUGCCUGAAAUGAGUACAUUAAAAGUUGGAGAGAAACAAGAAAUUCGUGUUUAAUUUAAAAGUUCUAAACCAGGGGAAUUCAAAGAAACAUUUCGUUGGAGAUUAGAAGGCUCUGUAAAUUUUCUUUCUGCACUAUUUAUAGGGCAUAUAAGAGCUCCGUAAUUUGAGUUUGAUCGCGAAGUAAUUGACUUUGGAAAAGUUUCAUUUAAUUUCCCUUAAGAAUAAACUCUUAAAUUAAUAAACAAGUCAACAGUACCUUUUGAUUAUAAUUUAAGAAUUCCGGGAGAUGGAAAAAUGAAAGAAAAAGAAUUUCAUAUAGAAAAGGCUAAUAGGACAAUAGCACCAGGUGAAACAAUUGAUAUAAAUAUUGUCUUUACACCUAGAUAUACAAAAAAAUAUGAAAUGGUUCUUACUAUUGAUAUUGAAGGGGUGGCUUAGGAUAUGAAAUGCCUAACUAUUAAAGCAGAAUCAGAAGUUCCUUAAGUUGAGUUGAAACCUAAAGAUAGAUUAGAUUUCGGAGAAAUAUUCCUUAAACAUAGAGAUAUUUAAGUUGUUUAAUUAAUUAAUAAUUCCAAUUUGUAGGCUAAGUUUGAAGUUUAAGAAUAAAAAGUGGAAAGUAAAAUUCUCGCUUCUUAUGAAGUAGAACCUUCUUCUGGAAUUAUAAAACCUGGAGAAGUUUUUACUAUUUAAGUAAAAUUAGUUACUAAUAGAUUAGGAGAUAUUACACUUCCUUUAGCUAUUGUUAUUAUUGGAAGUAAUAAUAAUUUACCUUAAAUUAUUAAUAUUAUAGCUUAAUCUGUUGGUCCUAAAGUUCUUGUUGGUGAAUAAUUAAGAGAAAUAGAUUUCGGAAAUGUUUAAGUUUUACAAGAAUAUUCUUAGAAAAUUACAAUUACUAAUCGUUCUAAAAUAGAGGCAGACUAUAGAGCAUUUACAAAAAAUAAAGUUUCAAUAUUUAAACCAAUAUAAAAAUAUGGUAUAUUAAAACCUGAAGAAAGUAUGGAUGUAGAAAUUAUAUGUUGUGCAGACGAUUCUAUAAAAUUCUAAGAUAUGCUACAUUUUGUAAUAAAAGAUGGAAUGGAUAUUGAUGUAGUAUUAAAAGCAAAGGGAGUAGGUUCAACGAUAUUUUGCAAAGAUGACAUAACAAAUGUUAAUUUUAAAACUUUAUAUACACACCAUGCUGAAUAUUAGGAAAUAUUUGUGGAAAAUAAAGGCAGAAAACCCUAAAAACUAACCUGGUAACGAAAAAUAGAAAAAAAGAAAUUUUUCCCAAUAGAUGAGAAAUCCCAAUUGUUAAAAAGUAAAAUGGAAAACACUUCACAAAACUAAUAAUAACCAUAAGAAGAGAACCAUUUAUUUAAUAUAGCACCUGAAAGUGUUACUUUACCAGCUAAGCAUGGAAUAAUGUUUUAAUUCAGAGCAUAUGCUGUCAAAACAGGAAAGUUUUAAGAAUAAUUUAUACUAAAUUCAGUAAUAGGAAAUGAUAGAAAAUCCCAUUAACUAUAUUAAACAACAAUUGAGGGAGAAUUUAUAAGGCCCACUUUAAAAUUUAAUGAAAAAAAGAUUUAUUUUAAAUAUAUUUGGGAGAAAAAUGUUCCCUUUAUGCAAAUAUCAAAGGACUUAGAAAUUACCUGCAUUUCAAUUUUAAAGACAAAUUUCAUGUUAAAAACAAUUCCUCCAUUUUCAAUAAAUAAAGAAAAAGUAUAACUUUCUUAUGGAGAAAAGGAAAUAAUAAGAGUAGAUUUCGAUCCGGGAUAUAAAGUCGAUAGAGUUUCAGGCGAAUAAUUAGGUAAAUUAACAAUUACACAUUAAGAUCAUCCACAUAAAGACACUAUUGAUUUAGUAGGAGAAGUUUGCUUCCCUAAUAUAAAAUUGGAAUAAACAAGCAUUAAUUUUGGAGCAAUACUCAAUGAAACAUCCAAAAAAAUGCUUGUAAAUAUGCAAAAUACAUCUGAAAUGAGCUUAUAUUAUGAUUGGACUUUUCUUGAAGAUGAGUUGAAAUACAAUAAAUAGGAUGGAAUAUUAACAAUCCCUAUAAAUGAAGUAUUUGAUAUUUUACCACUUUCCGGAUAUUUAGAAGCAGGAGAAACAUAGUAAGUAGAAUUUGUAUAUAAUGCUUAUGCAGGUUAAAAGUUUUAAACUACAGCAGUUUGCCAUGUUGAAGGAGGCCCGAAAUAUGAAGUAGUUUUAAUUGGAGAUUCUUCUUUAAUUGUUUAUAAAUUAUCUAUUUAAUAAAUAGAUUUCGGAGAUGUUAGAUUCUGUGAUUGGGUAACAAAAGAUUUUUUGAUUGAAAAUAAUGGAAAGGUUACUUUCGAGUACAAAAUCUUACUUGAUAAUGUCAAAAGAAAAAAUUUUGUGGAAUGCAGUAGUUUACAAGGAAGAAUUCUUGGUGGAGAAAAAUAAAAAAUUAGUGUUAGAAUAUGCCCUGCCAUGCCUAGUGAAUUCAAAGAAAUUAUUUAAGUCUAAAUAGGAUAUUUUGAGCCUGAAAAUAUUGUUUUAACAGCUAAAGCUUUUUAUUCGGCUAUUUUAGUUAACCUUGAUAAACAUCAGACUGAAUAAUAUAUUGCUAAAUACUAGGAAGAAUUUGAAAAGAAAAAAAAUGAAAGAGAAGCUUAACUAAAAAGAGCUUAACUAAUUGCUAAGGCUUAAGAAAAAACUCAUUCAAAUUCAUUUUCUUAAAUAAAGUCUAUCGAAUAAAUUGAAAACGAAAUAAUUAAAGAAUUAGACAGAUAAUUAUAUUGUUAAUUAAUCUAAGAAGCACUUGAACAAUAAUAUUUAAAUAAUUUGAUUUCCGAAUAGCCAAUAAUAAAUAAAACUAUAUUAGAUAAAUAGCCUUGUGUAGAGUCUAAAUUAUAUGAAAGAAUAACAUUAAAUACAUUUAUAUGCGAUUUUGGAAAUGUAGUAAUAAAUUCUCCAAAGAGCAAAACGAUAAAAAUUGUAAAUGCAUCCUCAUAACCUAUAGAAUUACUUUUCGAUACAAAACUAGCCCGCUUAAACGGUUUUACAAUGCCCGAAAGACCUCCCAAAAUUCCCGGAAAUUCCGAUUUAUAAAUAAAGGUAAGCUAUAUAGUAAAAAAUAAAGUAUAAUAUGGGAAAAAUAAAUGCUUGGUACCUUUCGAAGUAAAGAAUGGUGCCCAUUAUGCAUUAGAAUUAAUAUCAAAUAUAACUAUUCCUGAAAUAACAUUAGAUAACAAUCAAGAAGAUAUGGUGGAUUUCGGAAAAGUGAUAUGUGGACAAAGAAAGACAAUAUACUUAAGAUUUGUAAAUUUGAAAGAAAUUCCUUGUAUAUGGUCACUUAACACUCGCCCUGAUAUUUCAUAAAACUCAAAAAAAGAAGACCAAAAAUUUAUUAUUAAUCCUUCUAAUGGUAUUAUAGCUUCCGGCCAAAAAUAAAUAGUGUAGCUAAGUUUUGCUCCUUCUGCUGAAAAAAAUUAUUAAUGGAAAUUCACAAUCAAUAUACAGGAAAACCCUAAAAAUUUUGUUAUUAAUAUGAUAGGGAGUGGAGUUUAAGUUAAUUUAGAUAUAAAUAAUUCUGUUUGUAUUGGACCAGUUUUACCUUACGAUUAAUUUGCUUAUUAGAUUGUGGAAAUAAAAAAUAAUACUUAGUAUGAAACUGAAUUAUAUUCGUUAGAUUUCGAUAAAAUGUAUUUAAAUGAUGAAGAGAUUUUAUAAAACUAUGAAAACUUCGAUAAUUAAGAUACAGUUUUUGAAUAAAUAAGAUAGCCAGGAGGUCUAUUUUGGGAAAAUAUUAAAGAAAGUGUCGAAAAAAAGAAAAAAGCAAACUAAAUUAAACAAAAAAUCGAACAAAAUGAAAAUUUGACUGAAUAAGAAAGGGAAAAUCUUUAAAAAGAAUACGAAAAAUUAACACAAGUUGAGAAAAUCAAUGAAUAUCCAGAAAAAGUAGAAGACAUAAAUUUACAUCAUAUAAUAGUCUUAGGGCAUACCUCUUGUGGGAAAACUUAAAGCGUGAAAUUUAUAGCUUAAGAAUAUAGAAAAUAUAUAUUUGAUCUGGAUGAAUGUAUUAAAUUUUGUAUUUAAAAAUAAACCGAAGGUGGUCUUUUAGCCGAAUAAUAUUUGAACGAAAAACAAUUGGAAUUAGAAAAUAUUAAUAACGAAAGGGAGAAACUAAAAAAAAAAGCAGGAAAAAAAGCGCCUGAAUUAGAAAAUAAAUGGGGACCUGUAAACGAAGCUUAAUUCUUAUAUCUUCCUGAAGAUAUUUUUGUUUAAUGUAUUAAAGAUAGAAUGAAAGAGCGUGAUUGUAAUGCAGGUAUUAUUUUUGAUGGAUUAUAAACUAAGUAUUCCAGUUCUUAAUUAUUCACUCUUAAAGUUUUAAUGAAUGCCUUUGGAAAUUAAAAAAUUCAAAUGCUUGUUUUCUAACCUUAAGUUGAUGAUGAAGGACUUGAAAUCUGGAAACUGAUUGAAUGGCCUGGAAUGUAAGAUUUAAUUAAAAAUGAGGAAAAUGUUUAAAUUAGAGAUUAGGCUAGUUCUAUUAAUACUAAAAAAACAAAUAAUAAUAAUGAAAAUAAAAAAAAUAAUAAUAAUGAAAAUAUAAACAAAAAAUAGUAAUAAUAACAAAAAAAAGUUUCUAAAUAAAAAGUUCAUAUCAAUUAAAAAAGCAACCAAUAAUAAGACCAUUAAUAAUAAUUAUAAUAUAAAAAAGAAGAAGAAUUACAAGAAGAUGAAUAAGAUCUUUUUGAUAUUUUCCUUCCUAAGCCUUAUAAUACUUAAGAAGAAAAAGAAAAAGAUUUAAAAAUACUAAAUGAAUUAAUUAAAUUAUUCUAAAAUAAAUACACUGAAAAAAUAGAACAUCCAAUCAAUUUAUAUCCUGUAUUUGAGGAAGGAAAAAAAGAAGAAAAAAAACCAAUCAAAAAGGAUGCCAAAGGAAAGCCUAUAAUUGAAGAAGAACCUGAAAUUCCUUAAUAAGUUCCAAUUGAUUAUACUUAAACUUUAAUGAAAGGCCCAAGGGAAAUAACAUAUAUUCCCUUUCAUUUUAAUAUUUAAUAAUUACAAAAAACAUGCUUAGAGCUAGUUUAACCUCCUAUAUAUCCUGACGUUAAUACUUUACCUAUUCCAGAACCUAUUUUUCAUUAAAUACUUACAAAGCCAACUAGAAAUAUUCUUAAGAAAAAAACUGAAAUUGAAAAAAGUUCAACAAUUAAAUAUUUUUAGAUUCUCACUCCUAUUAAUAAAAUGUUUAAAUAAUAACAUAUACAAUUGUAAGAAGAAGAAUAAAUUCAACACGAAGAAACUAGCAAACUUUCAGAAGAAAUAUAAAUAUAAAACUAACAAUAACAGCAAACCUAAUAAUAAUAAUCAUUAAAUACUUCAACAUUAAAACGUGAAAAAUCUUUUUUAGGUUAUUCAAGCUAAACUAAUAAUAAUAACAUAACUUAAAUAACAUAACCAAAUAUCGAAUUCAAACCAUAAGAUUUAACUGAUAAACCUACAAGAUGGAUAAUUCCUGCUAAUUAAACAUUAUUAUUAGUGAUAAGAUUUUUCACAAAAAGCGUCGGCACAUACGAAGGGAAGUUAGAAUUCGAGAAUUUCUAUUCGAAUAAGCGUUAUGUGAUAAAUAUAAAAGGAAUAGCCGAUUUUCCCACUAUAUCAUAACUUUCGAAAAACAUAUACUGGUAAAUUAAAAAAAACAGACCUCCUAAUCCUCCAGAAAGCUAUCUAUAAAAGUAUUAUAUUCAAAAUGAAAAUAUAUUUGAUUUCGGACCUUUACUUAUAGGUAAAAAUCCCGAAAAAAGAAACGAAAUCAGAAAUAUUAAUUCAUGUACUUUUAGAAUUUCAAACUAAGGAAAAUUCGAUACUUAAUUGUAAUUUUAACUUAUGUCUUCUAUAAAAGAUUAAAAUGAUCCUGAAUAUAAAAAAGGAAUUUUUUGGAUUGAACCUGAAAUUCUCUUUAUUGCAAAAAAUGAUGUUCCUUAAGAAAUUAGAGUUUGGGCGAUUCCUGAAUAGCCUAUUAAAUAUAAAGAAGACAUAAUAAUAAUGAUAUAAGAUAAUCCUUUACCUGUAAUACUGCCUUUGUAAUGUACAGGAUCAAAGCCUUAUGUGACAAUUGAAGAAGGAGAUCCAAUUAAAUUCGAAAGAUUAUUAUUAAAUUAAUAAGCUAAAAAGCAAAUUAGAAUAAAAAACAAUGGAUAAAUACCUUGCAUAUGGAAAAUAACAGGAAUAAAUUAGCUACCAGAAGAAUUUAGUUUUACCAAUACCGAAGGAGAGCUAAAACCUUGUCAAGAAAGUAUAAUUUAUGUAAACUUUAAAGCUAUUAAAUAAGAGAAGUUUUCUCAUUAAAUAAAUUUAGAAGUCUAAGAUUGUGAAGGACUAGACAUAAAAUAAGAAACGAAAAGUAUACUUGUAGAAGCAGAAGCCUUCGAUAUUAGUGUAGAAUUAAAAUUUCCAGAAAAUAAUUAAGAGAAUAUGCUAGAUUUCGGAGCUGUAAGAGUUUCAGAUGUUAAAGAUUGUCUGUUUUCAGUUAAAAAUAUAGGACUUUAUUAGGUCUAGUUUUGUUUUGUGAUGAAGAAAAAAAUAUUCAAGGAAAAUUUUAAAAUAGAACCUAUGAAAGUCUCUUUAUAACCUGGACAAGAAAAAUAAAUUAUGGUCAGAUUUAUGUCUUAAAAUGAAAUUAAAUUAAAUACAAAUAAUUCUACUACAGACAUAAUUAUGGAAAUUUUAGAAGGUAAAACGCUCGAAUUAUAUAAACCAGUACCAAUAAAUGUAAAAGUGAAUGCUGUUUUUAGCAAAUAUACUAUUUUGCCUUUAAAAAAUAUUAAUUUUGGCCCUAUUUAAUUUAAUGAUAGUAAAACACUCUCUUUCGAAAUCAAAAAUGAAGGUCUUUUUGAGUAUAAUUAUACAAUUUUUAAUUACUAUGAUGAGGAUUUUAGAAAAUAAUUAUUAGAUGAAUAAAAUAAAGAAAAAGAAGCCAGAUUAUAAGCCGCUUUAGCAUCUACUGGUACAGAAAAUAAAGACCCUAAAAAAAAUGCGAAAAAAGAAGCUCCUAAAUAAGACAAAAAAGGAAAAGGAGGAAAAAACUAAGGUAUUGAAGGAUAAUUAAAAAUAGGAUAAUGGACAAUAAAUAAUAGUAAAGGAACUAUACCUAGUGAUAGUUCUGCCAUAAUAGAAGUAUAAUUUACAGGAAAUUCAUAAAGAUUAUAUGUACAGAAAAUAGCUAUUGAUAUUACUUGUAGAGACCCAGAAGAUCAACCUAAAGGUAUUUUAUAUGAAUUAAUAGGAGAAAGUUGUAUUCCUGGCAUUAAUUGUGAAAAUUUCGAAACAAUUUUCGAAGAAUAAAUCAUUGUCGCAUCUUAAAACUAGAAUUAAAAUAUUACUUCAAUGAUUAAUUCUAAUGUUUUCUUUUAUGAAGAAAAAACCUUCUUUUUUGGUACUUUAGUCCCUUCUUAACAUCCAGACGGAAUUUGUGAAAAAUUCAAAAUUAUUAAUCCUAAUAAGAUACCUUGUAAUGUCAAAUUUGAUGUCCGAAAAAGAAAUCCAAAUUCAACUGAACCAUUUGCAUUUGAAAUAGCAUAAAAGUAGGCCAAGAUAUAUCCUCAUGAACAUACUUAUGUGAAAAUUCUAUUCAAGCCAACAAUAAUGGCUUAAUAUAAUGGUAUUUUUGAAGCUAUAGUUGAAAAUGGUGAGCAAAAUCCUCGUACACAUAAACUUAUUUUUGAUUUAAGAGGAGAAGGAGCAAUGCCUACAAUAAAAUUAGAAAAACCAAAAGAAUGGUUUAAUGAUUCAACACCACUGUUGAAGUUUCCCAAAGUUCGCAUAGAUAAAAGUUGUGUACUUCCAAUUGUAUUAAAAAAUGAUGGAAAAAUAGCUGCAACAGUAAAAUGGGAUUUAGUAAUGAACGAAAAUUUCAAAUUCUAAGAUUAAUUAAGUUAUACUUUAACGCAUAAAACUUACAAAUCAUUCAACAUAGAAUUCAAACCAAAAUAAGCAGGAGUAAAAUAAUGGUAAAUAGCAAUGUAAACAUUAAUGAAUCCUUACGAAAUUACAAGAUUUAUGAUUUAAGGAGAAGGCUUUUACGAAGACAUAGUAUUUGAAAAUUUGCCCAAUGAAGCAGAAGAAGAAAUAAAUUUCAACGACUAAAUAAUUGGAAAAAAAACUUAAGUCGGAUUUUAAAUAAAAAGUAAUAAAAACGUUCCUAUAAAAUUCACUUGGAAUACUUAAGGAAACGAAGAUUUUUCAUUUAUACCCAAAACAGGUCAUAUUCCUGCUCUAGGAAGUAAAUUCAUCAAUAUAAUUUAUAAGGCAAACAAAACUGUAACUUAUAAAAAUAUUCCUUUAAUCCUUGAAACUAAACAAAUUAAAUAAAAUUCUGAUAAAUUUAUUGAUUGGGAUGAUUCUAUGACUAACAUUAAAUACGUCACUUAAAAAGAAUAUGAAUGGUGGAUUAAAAAAAAAAAAGAAGAAGAAGAAUUAAGAAAAUAAGAAGAAGAAGAAAACAAACUUAAAAAACCAGGUAAAAAAGCUGAUAAAAAGCCCCUUAAAAAACUCUAAGAAGAAUCUGAUAAGGAAGAUAAACCUCCUGCACCCCUUCCUGGAGAAAUAGCAAAUAUUUAAUUCGAAGAACCUAUAUAAGAACCUGAAUGUUAAAUUAUUGAAAAAACAGAAACUAAUGUGACUUUAAAAACUUCUGCGAUUUCAGAUUAUGCGAAAUAUGAAGUCGAUACAAGAGAAAUUUUCUUCAAACCUACUUUGAUUUAUACCUCAAGGACUCAUACUUUUAAAGUUAAAAAUACAUCUCUCAUAAAUAUUAAAUACUCCUGUAAAAUAAUCUCCCAUAUAAACGAUAUUGGAUAAAUAGAUUCUGGUUUCUUUUAUGUGACACCAAAAUAAGGAAUAUUAGCACCUAAUUGUGAUGAAUAAUUUACAGUAAAGUUUUCCCCAACAGAAGUAGAAGAAAACAAUGAAAGAUUCGUUAUAAUAACUAUAGAAAACUUAGACUAAAUCAUAUAGCCUCUUGUAAUAUAAUUAAACGGUGAAGCAGAACGUCCUGUAUGCCAUUUCGAAUUAUAACCAAAUAAAUAUAGGGAAAAAAAGCAAGAUCUUGAUUAAUCAUACAGCAUAAUAGAAUUUGAAAGUCUAGGAACUCGAGUAAAGAAUACUAAGAAAUUUUAUGUAGUUAAUCCUACAUCUGUAGGAUAUGAAUUCGAAUGGAAAAAACUCGAAGAAUAUAAACUACCCGCAGGUGCAAAUACACUAAACGACACUUUUUUCAGAUGCUUAACUUAAAAAGGAGUAAUUCUAAGCGGAAAGAAAUUCGAAAUGGUAUUUGAAUAUACACCUGAUAUAGUUGGAACUCACGAAUCAUAUUGGUAUUUUGAAAUUUCUUCAUAAAAAAUAACCCAAAACUUCCUAAUUGUAGGAUCUGUAAUUGAACCCAAUGUAUUCUUUGAUGUUGGAAAAGUAAACUUUGGCCCUUUAUUAUUAGGAGGUAAAAACAAUGAAACUGUAAAAAUUAUAAAUAUAGAAAAUGUACCUAUGUUCUUUUCUUUUGAAAGAGACACAAUAAAAGGAGAUCCGGAAUAUGCUGAUUCCUUAUAAGUAAGCCCUAUAUAAGGAACAAUAAAUGCUAAUUCAGAUAUAAAUAUAGAAAUUUGCUUUACGCCUAAAGUAGAGACUUCCUUUAAUUAUAAUUUGUUGUGUAACGUAAAAAGAAAAAGUAGACCCAUAUCUUUAAAUGUGAAAGGAAUAGGAUAUAUUUUACAUCAUUCCGUAUCUUUAUAAUAAAUUCCUGGAACUAUAUUAGACCAUACAUAAGCUCAUCUGUUAAAUCUAGGAGAUAUUUAUGUAAAUGAAAAAAGAUCUAAAAUUAUUCAAGUCGAAAAUUCUGGAGAAUUCAACUUUGAUUUCUCAAUAAAAAAAUCCUAAUAACAUCUCUAAUACAUAUAGAUAAUUCCUGAAAACGGUACUGUGAAACAAAACGAUAAAUUCCUUAUUGAAGUUAAAUUUGCACCUUUACAAGAAAUAAAACUUAACAAUAAAACAUCAUUCAUGCUUUAAAUUUCUAGUGGCCCUUCUUACUAAUUUAUACUUUAAGGAACUGCUCGUAAACCAGGAGUUGAACUUUCGUUUUUCUCCUACGAUUUCGGACCAUAAUAUGUAUUAAAAUAACCUCUUCCAAUAACAGUAUAUUUAGAAAUGAGGAACAGAGAUUAAUCAGCAAUGUCAGUAGAAACAGCUUUUGAGAAAACAAAUUAUUUAGAUGUAAUUUUGCCCCCAGGAUAGGUUAUUUUACCUCUCUAAACUGAAACACUUAAAGACAAAAAAGGUAUUAUAUAAGUUCACGAAAAUAAUAUUCUUAAAAUUCCAAUCAUACUAACACCAAGAGAAAGUAAGAAAUAUGAAGAAACAAUCACUUUCGAUAUUAACGGUCUACAUAAAAUUGAUGUAAAAAUACAAGGAGAAGGCAUUCCUCUUAAACUUGAACUAGAAAAUACCCAAGACUAAAAUAUUGAUUUCGGAGUUGCAAGAGUUGGAAGUGAUAAUUAAAAAGUUGUUCGUGUAUUAAAUCUGUCUAAAAAACCAAUAAAUAUAACAUUUGAUUUGAAUGACUAACUAAAAGAAUUCUAAAAAAAUUUCAUUUAUUUAUUUCCUUCUGAAGAAGAAUUUUAAAUACCUUCCAAAGGAUAUAAGGAUGUAGAAAUAUUAUUUCAUCCUUAAACUCGUUUACAUUAAUUUAAACAAGAACUCUUUUAUAAAAUAGUAGAUAAUUAAGAACAAAGAAAGCUUUUGAAUAUAAACGGAGCAUGUCAUGGAGUUGAAAUAAAGCUUACUGAAGAAAAUAUAGGUUUCGGAGUAGUAGUUAUAAACUCUAAAAAAUAGAAAACACUCACAGUAUCUAAUAUGGGAGAUAUAGGUGCAAAAUUCGAAUGGGACUUUUCCUAUUGUUCUAAAUAUUUUACUAUAAAUCCCAUAAAAGGAUUUUUACCUCCCCAUGAAGAUUCCGUUUUUACUAUUAUAUUUCAUCCUGAUGUAGUGGAUAAUGAUAUAAGAUUCACGAAGGUUAGAUGUGAUAUUGAAGGUUCUUAGCCUUUAUAUAUUAAUUUAUUAGGAAAAUGUAUUGCCUAGCCUAUUGAAUAAAUUCUAGAUAUUAAAUUCACAGCUAUGGUGCGUUCUUAAGCUAAACAAAAAGUAACCAUAAAAAAUCCCAUAGCUGAAGCUUGUAGAAUAAAAGUACUUAUUAAUGCUAAUAAUCCUUCUUACACAGGCUAUUUUUAUGGAAAGGAAAUUCUUGAAAUACCUGCAAAUGGAUCUGCAGAUUAUGAAAUUAUAUAUUCUCCAUUAACCAUGACUUCGAACCCUGAAAUUCCUUAAAUAAAAUAAAGCUGUCAUGAAAGCACUUUAUUUUUCCCUUUACCAGAUGGAAAUGCAAUAUUAUAUAACUUAUUUGGAUAUUCCACACCUCCAGCCCCUAUUUAAACUUUUGAUAUAGUAACUAAAGCCAAAAGCACUUAUAUGUAAAUAAUUCCAAUUAAAAAUUGGUUGAAAUAAACUCAAAGAUUUGCAGUAGAAUGGAAAAUGGAAAACCAAGAUCCCACUAUAUUAAUUAACGGCGCUAAUACAUAUGAUGUAGCUGGGGACUCUGUUAAAGAAUACAAACUAAGCAUAUUUUGUUUAAAGUAAACUUCUUCAAAAAUCACCAUUUAAUAUAAAAAUGUUACCACUUUUGAAUUUCUAACUUAUAAAAUUAAUCUAACUGUAUAACCACCUGAUUUCGCAUAAAAAAUAGAAAUGUCGGCAAUAGUAAGAGAAACAAUAAGUAAAUUAAUUACAGUAAUUAAUCCACUCUCGUUUCCUAUUGAUGUUAAAAAAGAAAUGUUUAUAGUAGAAAAUGAUAAUGUAUAUAUAAAUCCUCCUUCAUUUACUAUUCCUCCGAAUUCUGAAUUUGGAUUUGAAAUAGUAUUCAGACCAUUAUUAAUAAAAGAAGAAUAAUCUAAAGUGACAUUAAAUUCGCCUGAAUUAGGAUAAUUUGUAUAUCUUUUAUAAUUGAAAGGAGUAGCAUAAUCAUAAAUAUAAAGAAACGUUACUUUAAAAGCAUCCUUAGGAUCUGACAUAACCUAAACAUUUAAAUUUACUAAUUUCUGUAAAAAAUAAACUACCUAUAUAUGCCGUGUAGAUAAAAUAGGAGCUAAAGUAUAAAAUCCUGUAGAUCCGAAAGCCAAACUUCCUCCAGUUCAAGUUGACUUCUCAGUUGAGCAACCUACUAUUUUGGCUCCUCCUGCUGAAACUUUAGAAGGCAACGAAGUUAGUUUGAAUAUAAAGUUUGAACCUUCAAUGUUAGGUGAAACUUCUGCCAUUUUAUAUAUUACAAGUGCGGAGGGUGGUGAAUAUAAUUGCAUGCUAUAUGGAAUUUCAUAUGCUCCUCAACCUAAAGGUCCAUAUAAAAUCGGAGGAGCUAAAUCAGCUCCUAUAGAAUUCAAAAAUCCUUUCUUUGAACCCUUUGAAUUUAGUUUAAGAAUUGAUAAUCCUAAUUUUAGUUGCAGUGUGAAAAAUCCAGUUAAAAUCGAUGGAAAAAAAAAUCUCAGUAUAAAUAUAGCUUAUAAAUUUUAAUAAGGUACUUCUACAAAUGGAAGAUUAAUUAUUUAAAUGGAAAAAUCCGAUUAUCCACCUUGGGUUUUCUAUUUAUAAGGAGAAUGA